AGUGGAGAAUGAGUUUUGAGGUAUAAAUCGAUUUGAAAGGCUGCCACCUAACAACCUAGAAUUGAUAACGAAAAGAGUCGGAAAACGAAUAAUUAUCGAUAGCGGCAAUAAAAAGUUGUGGAAAAAAUUUUCGGGACUUCUUGUAAAUGAUAAUUGAAUAGAGCGUAGAGUGAGUGGUAAUUGUGUAAUGGAAACAAGUUUAGAAGAAAACGUGGAUGCGGAUAGAGCAUGUCCAAGUCCGCAAGACUCAAAAACACAAUCGCCGCUGGGCAUUAAUGGCAAAUCUGGUGGCGCUGGGGUCGGUUGUCAAGACGGCCCCAACGGAGUGGCAAUUGCUAGCGAGAAUCAAAAUCAGCCCAGCGAUGUGCAUUGGUCGAAGCCGUUCAAUGCGUUCAGCGGUCGUCCCAUUGGCGAACAUACGCAGAUGAAGCAGCAGCAACCGCAACAGCCACAACAACAACAGCAGCAGGCGGCGGUGGCGAUUCAGCAUUUGGCCAACACCCAACCGCUAUCGGGUGUCAAUGGGGUGGCACAGCCGCCAGAAAUUUGGGUCGAAACAAAAGCCGAAGACGGACGUUCAUAUUAUUAUCAUGCUGUGACGCGUGAGACAACCUGGACACGACCCGAUGGUCCAAAUGUCAAAAUCAUGACACAAGUCGAGGUCGAGGAGCUGGCCAAACGUCAGUCGAACGCAGUUGGCAAGCCCGAAACGAACGAUCGUGCCAAUGUGCCAGCAGCGACAUCAGCAGGAGCUGUGGUUGCAGCGCCAGGACAUUCGCAUUUGACGUCGCAGCCACCGCCGCAUCUAUUGAAUCAACCACCGCCGAAUGCAGCGGCACCGCUGCUCAGUCAGCCGCCACCGAAUGUGCGACAACAGCCGCCGCCGAUGUUUCAGCAGCCACCUGGUAUGCAGCCACCGCCGGGCUUUGGUCAGCCGCCACCGUUCUGUAUGCCGCCGCCCGCAUACGGCUUUCCAGGCGCUGCACAAGCCGGGCCCUGGGGCGUUGGCGUGCCGCCAUGGCAACAACAACAACAGCCACAGCAGCAGCAACAUAUGCAUGCGCCGCCUUCAGUGUCACAGGAUAAGCCCACUAAGAAUUUGAUCAUCAAGCCGGGCGUCAUAGAUCCGGCGGUGAUUGCCCGUGCAGCUGAAUGGUCUGAGCAUCGAGCGCCCGAUGGCCGACCUUACUAUUUCCAUGCGGCACGCGGCGAGAGUGUGUGGGAAAAACCGCAGGCCCUGCGCGAUAUGGAGGCGGCACGCAUGGCCGCCCAUUCGGGCGCCGCACCACAGGCACCACCAGUCGGAAUGCCGGCUGGCAUGCCGCCCCAUUUGCUGCCCAAUCCGUUGAUGCAUAUGCCUCCUGGUGCUGGUCCCGGUUUCGAUCCGCAAAUGGCGUUUGCCGCUGCAGCGGCAGCCAUGAAGGCGAACAGCGAGAACAACAAAGUGGCCCAGGCAGCCGCCAUGGAGAAGGAGGCAAAGAAGGCGGCCGAUGAGAAGCGCAAGAAGGACGAGGAGCAAAAGAAACAGGCGGUGGCAGCAGCAGCCACUGCGAAACAAACAGACAAAUCGCGUCCCGUGACGAGCACACCGAUUGCAGGCACACCCUGGUGUGUGGUCUGGACAGGCGAUGCUCGGGUCUUCUUCUACAAUCCCUCGACGCGCACUUCUGUCUGGGAUCGUCCCGAGGAUCUGAUGAAUCGUGAGGAUGUCGACAAGGCGGUCAAUGACCGACCCGAGCAGCUUAAAACGGCAGAGGAGAAAUCCGUUGAGGCAGAUCAGAAACUUGGUGAGAAUGCUGCCUCACUGGAGAAGCUGAAUCAGGUGCAAACGCAGCCACAGCAGCCGGAGGUGCAGCGAUUGGAUGCCGAAGAUGACGAGGAUGAGGUCAUUAAAAUUCGCACCGAGUCCGAGUCAAGCGUAGAGGAGGUGCCCACAAAGCGAGUGCGCACAUUUACCAAGGCGAAGAAAAAUGAGGAUGCCGUGCUGGAGGCUGAGCAGCGAGCGGCCAAGGAGCGCGCUUUGGUGCCGCUGGAGACACGCGUCACCCAGUUCAAGGAGAUGCUGCGCGAAAAGGAUGUGUCCGCAUUUAGCACCUGGGAAAAGGAGCUGCACAAAAUUGUGUUUGAUCCGCGCUAUUUACUGCUCACAUCGAAGGAACGCAAACAGGUAUUUGAAAAGUAUGUGAAGGAUCGCGCCGAGGAGGAGCGCAAAGAGAAGCGCAACAAGAUGCGACAGAAACGUGACGAUUUCCGCAAACUCAUGGAGGAAGCCAAGCUGCACGGCAAGUCUUCAUUUUCGGAGUUUAGCCAGCGCAAUGCGAAGGAGGAGCGGUAUCGGGCUAUUGAGAAGGUGCGCGAGCGGGAGAGUUUGUUCAAUGAGUUCAUCGUUGAGGUGCGUCGGCGUGAGAAAGAGGAUAAGCAGCUGAGGAAAGAGCAGAUACGCAAGGACUUUAUGGACAUGUUGCGGGAGCGUCAUGAUAUUGAGCGCCAUACACGCUGGUAUGACAUCAAGAAGAAAUUUGAAUCGGAUUCACGCUAUCGCGCUGUAGAUUCCAUGUAUCGCGAGGAGUUCUUCGAGGAUUACUUGCACAUCAUGAAGGAAGAGAAGCGACGAGAGCGUGAGCUGCGUGACCAGAAGGAUCGGGAUCGACAACGCGAACGUAAAUCUGAUCGCCGAGAUAGGGAUAAAGACAAGGACAAAGACAAGGACAAGGAUAAGGAGAAGGAAAAGGGUCGCAAAGAGAGUCGCAGGGAGCGCAGUCGGUCAAAGGAUCGCGAGCGCAAAUCCUCAAGAGACAAGGGGGAAAAGAGCAAAUCGGAUCGCAAAAAGCUGGAAUCACCGGAGGAGGGCGAACACUGCGACGAUUUUGAUCCGGAGGACCGGGCUGAUAGCGAGGAUAGUGAAAUGGCCCGUCAGCGCGAAAGCGAAGCCGAACAGAAGCAAAAGGAUCGGGAACGCAAGCUGCGGGCCGAACAGAGCAUCAGAGAACGCGAGAAGGAGGUGCAUCGAACACUGGCUGGACAUCUGCGUGAUCGGGACAAGGAGCGUGAGCAUCACAAGCGCGACGAGUGCAUUGGACACUUUAUGGCGCUGCUGACGGAUCUGGUGCGCACGCCCGAUUUCACCUGGAAGGAGGUCAAACGGCAGCUACGCAAGGAUCAUCGCUGGGAAUUGAUUGAGACACUCGAUCGCGAUGAUCGUGAGCGAAUCUUUAACGAGCAUAUUGACAAUCUGAUGAAAAAGAAACGCGAAAAGUUCCGCGAAAUGCUUGACGAGAUUGGCACACUGCAACUGACUAGCACCUGGAAGGAGAUCAAGAAAUUAGUCAAGGACGAUCCGCGAUAUCUCAAAUACAGCUCAGAUAAAGGGGAGCGCGAGUAUCGCGAUUACAUUAAGGACAAAACCAUGCAGGCCAAAACAGCGCUGCGUGAAUUGUUGCAGGAGUGUAAAUUCAUAACACACAAGAGCAGCGAUCUCAUCAAGGAAAAUGCCAAUCACCUUAAGGAAAUCCAGGACAUUCUCAAGAACGACAAGCGCUACUUGGUGCUGGAUCAUUUGGAGGAGGACCGCAGCAGUAUCCUAAUGGGCUUCUUGGAGGAGAUGAACAAACGUGGUCCUCCACCACCGCCAACAGCCUCCGAGUCCACACGUCGCAAUAAGUAAAGCCGAAAAACAAUAUUCAUAAACAAACAAAAUAACUCAAGCCCCAUUUAUGUUAAGCAUUGAACUUAUGUAGCACCUAAACAUAAAAUAUAUUAAUCCCUUCAAGAGCAUGCAACAAUGUGCUAUAUAAUAAACAAAUAAUGAAAAGAAAAGCCCAA